AUGAAAUUUUCUGGGAUUUUCUUUCUCUUUCUUGUUGCACCAGCAAUAACUCGGUCCCAACCAAGCUCAAGCUCAUGGCCUGGGUGGCCAAGUUUGAGAAAAGGAAGUUCCUUGGAAAUUGACAAAUUAGAAACUGAAUUCUUGGUUUCACCAAAGGGUACUUUCUCAGCUGGUUUUCACAAGGUGGGUAUUAAUGCCUUUUGUUUCUCAAUAUGGUUCACCAAAUCUCUAGAAAAAACAGUUGUGUGGAUGGCUAAUAGAGAUAAACCAGUUAAUGGGAAACAAUCCAGAAUAACACUUCACAAGAAUGGGAACCUGAUCUUGAGUGAUGCUUCUGGUUCAAUAGUUUGGUCCACAGAUACUUUUUCUGAUUCAUCAGCUGUUGAAGCUCAGCUUUUGGAGACUGGAAACUUGGUCUUGAUUGAUCAAGUGGAGAAGAAGAAGAUCAUCUGGGGUAGCUUUAAUUUCCCUACUGACACACUCCUGCCACUGCAGCCUCUUGUGAUCAACACAACUUUGGUGUCUAAGAGGAGUAAAGGUACAUACUUGACUGGUGUUUAUAACAUGAAAUUUGACGACAAUAAUGUGUUAAAUCUAGUCUAUAAUGGUCCUAAACUUUCAAGUAUCUACUGGCCUAGAGUACCUGGUGGUAAUGUAUUUGUAACUGGUAGAACACCUUACAAUAGCUCUAGAAUAGCCAUUCUUGAUGAGUAUGGAAAGUUUUUAUCAAGUGAUCUAUUGGCGUUUAAGGCAUAUGAUUAUGGGAUUGGCCCAAAACGCAGAUUAACAUUGGACUAUGAUGGGAUUUUGAGAUUGUACAGCCUAGAUGAAUCAACUGGUCUUUGGGAAAUCUCAUGGUUACCUUUCAAUCUAGAUUCUUGCUUGGUUGAUGGCCUUUGUGGUGAGUAUGGUAUAUGCAGCUACAAGAAUCCAAAACCAACUUGCUAUUGUCCUAAUGGCUUCAUAAGAAUCGAUGUUUCGGAUUGGUCUAAAGGCUGCAGGCCUCCAUUAAAAUUGUCUGAUGAUAAAGCUAAAGUUGACUUCAUUGAGCUUCUUAACACAGAUUACUAUGGUUAUGAUUUGGAAACCUAUAAACUUGGAGUCUCUUUCAAAGACUGCAGAAACUCAUGCUUGACAGAUGUUAAAUGCAAAGGGUUUGGAUAUUCACUCGAUGGGCAAGGACAAUGUUUUCCAAAGAGUUUUCUUGUAAAUGGUUUUCAUACUCCAGAUUCCCAUAGUGUCAUACAUAUGAAGGUUCCAAAAGAGAUCAUACCAAGCUCUCGAAUGGAGUUGACAAGCGAAAAGGCAGAUGGAUUGAGCUGUUCAUCUACUGAAGUAAUUUUCAAUAAUGAUGCUAGAGGUGAAAAGAGUAACAAAAAUGGCUACUUAAAGUACCUAAUGGCUUUUGUAGCUGCUUUUGCUGUCAUUGAAGUAAUCUGUUUUGCCUUGUGGUGGUGGUUCAUCUAUCGAAAACGCGUCAACGAGGAGUUGGUCAACAUGGGAUACAUAGCAUUAGCAUUGGGUUUCAAGAGAUUCACAUACUCAGAAUUGAAAAGGGCAACUAAAAACUUCAAAGAAGAGAUUGGAAAAGGUGGUUUUGGAUCGGUAUACAAAGGGAUUUUGGAUGAUGGAAGAGUGGUAGCAGUCAAGAGACUUGAAGGCAUUUUACAGGGAGAUGCAGAGUUUUGGGCAGAAGUAAGUGUCAUAGGGAAUAUAAACCAUAGAAAUCUAGUGAAGCUUUGGGGAUUCUGUGCACAAAAGGACCACAAACUACUUGUAUACGACUAUGUCGAAAAUGGCUCAUUAGACCAAGUCUUGUACUCAUCAAAAAAGCUCGGAUUUGAUCAAAGAUACAACAUUGCAGUAGGAACAGCAAAAGGCUUGUCAUAUUUGCAUGAGGAGUGCUUAGAAUGGGUGCUCCAUUGUGAUGUCAAGCCUCAGAACAUACUGCUAGAUGAUUCCUUAGAAGCCAAGGUAUCAGAUUUUGGGAUGUCAAAGCUUUUCAAAGAGGCCUAUGAUGUUGGAUUCUCUCGAGUUAGAGGCACUAGAGGUUACUUGGCACCAGAGUGGAUGAUGAACUUGAAAAUAGAUUCAAAGGCAGAUGUGUACAGUUAUGGGAUUGUUGUUUUAGAGCUUAUAAGUGGGAAAUGUGUAUCUAGUUUUCUCUCAAACUCAGCUACUCAUAAUAAUCAUAAUGAUCAGUUCAAUCACUUGGUUCAGUGGGUGACUGAGAAGAUGAACCAAGAAGGGCUUAAAGAAGUAAUUGAUCCAAGAUUGAGUGAUGAUGAGUUUGAUCAGAAGAAGGUUGAGAUAUUGGUCAAAGUUGCUCUUUUGUGUGUACAAGAAGAUAGAAGCUUAAGACCUGCCAUGAGUAAAGUAGUGGAGCUUUUACUACAAAUUGAUAGACACAUUUAG